AUGAGUCGAAGCAUGUCGCAAAAUCGUCAAGAAAUCAAGGAAGAUGAAUAUGUAAGUUUUUGCAACUUUUUACUUUUAAUGUAAUUAAAAAAUGAUUUUCAGCCCUAUUCGACAUCUUGGUUCGAUAUCCCUGAAGAAUUACGAGAAAUGAUUAUCAACGAGAUGGAUCCAAAAACAAUUCUCCGUUUCAAACAAUGUUCGAAAUUGUGUGCUGAAGAAGCGAGAAGAUCAAAAAACUCUGUGUACAAGAUUGAAAUCAACAACACCGGAAAAGGAACCCAUAUUUGUUUCCAUUUAACAAAUGAAAACUUAGAAUGUCCACAUUUUCGUUAUAGUUUUUCUGAAAGCGGGUGGGGAAAAUGGAAAACGACAACUAUUCGUCACGAAAAAGUCCAUGAUACGUAUUGGGAAUCGUGUGAUUUUUCUUUCCUUUUUGCGCAAUGUUUCAUUUAUCGACGUAUUGAGUGA